AUGUCGAAAUCAUCUUCUCAGGAUCCUCUUGAUCGCUCUAGUGCGGAAAUUGGUUUCGAGGUCUCCUUAGCUCUUCUCAUGGGCCUCUCAGUCAUGUUCGGUAACUUGCUUGUUGUGUUUGUUAUCAAUAAAGACUCCAGGCUCCAUAACGUCACCAACAUGUUGAUAAAUAAUUUGGCAUUGACGGACAUCACCAUGGCGACGAUUUCCAUGCCAUUCUGGAUAGUGUGCCUGUAUACAGGAUCUUGGAUUUUCAGUCAGAAGUUGUGUCAGAUAGCUGGAUCAGUUUUGACUAUUUUGGCUUAUACUUCCAUAUUUACGAUGGGAUUGAUAGCCAUCAAUCGCUACCUACAGGUAGUGAAACCAAUCCUGUACAGGAAAGUUUUCCCUGGUAAAAGAGCUGCUCGGCUAUAUUGUGUUCUCGUUUGGCUAGUAGCAACUGUUAUCGCCAUACCUUUUCUUGGCGGAUGGGUUGGGGUAUCGUAUAAUACAAGAGCUAGCAUUUGUACUGCAGAGUCCAGUGUAUACAGAUCAUUGAUUGUGGGCACAUUUAUUACCGGGAUCAUGAUGACAAUAUUUUAUUGUUAUUUCAAAAUUUACAAAGCUGUGAAAGAGAGUACAGAAAAUCUCAAUUCUCAUGAUCAAGAAAAUGGUGUCAGCACCAUAAACAAUUCUCGCCGCUUCGAUGUCACCGACAUAAACAUUUUAAAGACAUGCUUCACCGUGGCUUGUGCCUUUUUUAUAACAUGGUCUCCGAUCUCCUUCUUCGCUGCAAGAAGGACAGAUCUUCCUCAAAAGGUCUACACAGCAAGUACUUACUUGAUGUUCUCGAGCAGUCUGCUAAAUCCAUUUAUCUAUGGCAUUAUGAAUCCGCGGUUUAAACGGGCAUUUAAGAGAGCUCUUCAAUGCGGUUGCAAUGGUAACGCGAAUACGGAUGAUUAUCAAGCAAGGAAUGAAGCAAGACGCGAGCAUUCAGGAGAAAUACAGGCCGCAGCGUAG